UUUUUACACAGCACAUGUCGUUUAUGAAUGAAGCCUGAAUGAAAGAAGAAAUUAAGGGAAAAUAAGGUAGGGAAAACCACUCAAAAGACAUUGAAUAGUGGAAAUUCUUGCCCUCUCUCUCCCCCGCCAUGAAGUUACCUGAAGCACCAUAUGUUAUUUGUACUUACUGACAGAUUUGUGGAUAAAAGCAGACAAUGGCAGACAGCCAUGAUAUGACCAUCAACCUAGUUGUCCUUGGAAAAGCUCAGGCUGGCAAAAGUGCUGCUGGGAACAGCCUGUUGGGCAGCUCAGACUUUGAGAGUCGUCUCUCACCCAGCUGUGUGACCACGCGCUGCAGCCUCGGACGCAGCGGCCGCAUUUUGGGGCUCAUACGGAGAAAUGGCUGUGAGUCGGCUCUCCGUGUUCGAGUUCUGGACACUCCAAGCUACCCUCACAGUGCUCUGAGCAAAGAGCAAGUGAGAGACAUGGUGAGAGCAGCCCUGGCUCAGCACUUCGGGGAGGAAGGCCUGCACUUGGCUCUCUUGGUCCUGAGGGCUGACCUGCCCCUGUGUCCAGAUGAAAGCAAUGACACACUUCAGCUCAUCCAGGAACUUCUGGGGCCCACAUGGAAGGAUUUCACUGCAGUUCUACUUACUCAUGCGGACAAGGCAGAAGAGGCUGGAUACAACGAGGAAACAUACUUGCACAGUGCCUCAAGUACCCUGUUGUCACUUUUGAGCUCAGUACAGCAUAAAUACAUUUUCCUAGACAACCACAACAGCAUCAUUAAAGAGGAAAGAAAUAUUGUCUUAAGAAAGCUCUUAAAUUUUAUACAAAAAAAUAAAUAUCAAGUAUUACUUAAACACACCAAGGAAUAA